GGGUCCCUGUGGUCUCCAGGAUUCGAACUCCCCUUUCAACUCAGCCCAGCCAGCCGCCGCCAUGCCUUUCGGCAACACUCACAACAAGUUCAAGCUGAACUACAAGCCGGAGGAGGAGUACCCCGACCUCACCAAGCACAACAACCACAUGGCCAAGGUGCUCACCCCCGACCUCUAUAAGAAACUGCGCGACAAGGAGACGCCCUCGGGCUUCACCCUGGACGAUGUGAUCCAGACGGGCGUGGACAACCCAGGUCACCCUUUCAUCAUGACCGUGGGCUGCGUGGCCGGGGACGAGGAGUCAUACGAGGUGUUCAAGGACCUCUUUGACCCUAUCAUCCAGGACCGGCACGGGGGUUACAAGCCCACCGACAAGCACAAGACCGACCUCAACCAUGAGAACCUCAAGGGCGGAGAUGACCUGGACCCCAACUACGUGUUCAGCAGCCGCGUCCGCACCGGCCGCAGCAUCAAGGGCUACACGCUGCCCCCACACUGCUCCCGGGGGGAGCGCAGGGCUGUGGAGAAGCUCUCCGUGGAAGCCCUCAACAGCCUGACGGGCGAGUUCAAGGGCAAGUACUACCCACUGAAGAGCAUGACGGAGGCGGAGCAGCAGCAGCUCAUUGAUGACCACUUCCUCUUCGACAAGCCCGUGUCUCCCCUGCUGCUGGCCUCCGGCAUGGCCCGGGACUGGCCUGACGCCCGGGGCAUCUGGCACAACGACAACAAGAGUUUCCUGGUGUGGGUGAACGAGGAGGAUCACCUCCGCGUCAUCUCCAUGCAGAAGGGGGGCAACAUGAAGGAGGUUUUCCGCCGUUUCUGCGUAGGGCUGCAGAAGAUUGAGGAGAUCUUCAAGAAAGCCGGUCACCCCUUCAUGUGGAAUGAGCACCUGGGCUACGUGCUUACCUGCCCGUCCAACCUCGGCACCGGGCUGCGUGGGGGCGUGCACGUGAAGCUGGAGCACCUGAGCAAGCAUCCCAAGUUCGAGGAGAUUCUCACCCGUCUGCGCCUGCAAAAGCGAGGCACAGGUGGCGUAGACACGGCUGCCGUGGGCUCAGUGUUCGACGUGUCCAACGCUGAUCGUCUCGGCUCGUCUGAGGUCGAGCAGGUACAGCUGGUCGUGGACGGUGUGAAGCUCAUGGUGGAGAUGGAGAAGAAACUGGAAAAGGGCGGGUCCAUCGACGACAUGAUCCCCGCCCAGAAGUAGGCACCCUGCCCACCUGCAGCCGACUGCUUGAGCCCCAGCCAAUGGGAGGACCCUGUCUGCUGGAGGCCCGCCCCUUCAUUUUUGCCCCGCCCCUCAUGGGAUUCCCGCCUCUAAAGGGCGGGAGUUGUAGGAGUUCCAGUGAAUGGGGUUCAGCCUCCGGGUUCUGGCCAAUGAAAAGCCUCCCUUACACCUGCCUCUCCUUUUUCCGAGCUCCGCCCACCAACCGGAGCUCCACCUAGUUGAGAGCUCUUCAGCACAUCUGGAGCUUGAGCUUUUUCUCCACUCAAAGCAACAAGUAAAAGCAAAGGUUGCCUUAA